AUGCUCGCAUCACUCUCCAUCUCCACACUGCUGCUUUUGGCUAGCGCUGCCGCCGCCCAGGACAUCGUCGCGACCUCGCCUUUCGUCAGUCCCACGCCUACGGGCGAGGAAGCCUUCACUAUCCAGACGUCAACACCCGCAGCGACGCCGGUGGAUCCUUGGCUGUGCUAUCAAGCAUGCUUGCAGGAACCGUGCCCGUCAUGUCCGUCUGGUAGCAUGAUGAGCAUCCUGCCAGUCUCGUCAGAGUCUGUCGUCACUGCCAUCGACCCCUCUCUCUCUACCGUGACGGGUAUCAUGUCAAUUCCACCUCUCAAGACAGGAACUGUUGUCGUCUCCAUCAUCACCGACCCAUCUCUUUCAACCGUGACGGGCAACAUGACGAUUCCUCCUCUAGAGACGCCCGAGUCUUCUGAUGGUCUCAUGUCGAUUCCCGCCGGCGAGACGCCAAUUUCGACAGAUUCGCCCACGACUGCGAGCAGUGUCUCGGCAACAAGGUCUGCACCGGCUCAGGUGACGACGAAUGCCGCUGUGUUCAUGACAAAGGACCUUGGUAUUCCGUGCAUGGUUGCAGUUGCAGGUGCUCUCGCGCUUCUGUAGAUGGAGCUUGUCUGUGUAGCAUGUGUGUGUAUGGCAGGUUCACAUGCUUCCUCCAUGAUGAGGUUCGGCCAAGUCGGGACUACUCCGGUGGCCAACUCUAUUCCGCCACACCACACUCACUGAAAGUGAUAUGUCAUAAGUUCAACAGAUAGUUAGAGUAAAAUCAAACAAUAUUCAUCAACUCA